AUGGGGAUUAUGAGAAGUGCUUUGCUGGAGCAAGAUAUUUUCCACCGCUCAUUGAUAGCCUGCUGUCUGGAAAUUGUGCUUUUUGCAUAUAGCUCUCCACGUGUCUUUCCAUGGACAAUUGACAUUCUCAAACUGAGUCCAUUUUAUUUCUACAAGGUGAUAGAAGUUUUCAUUAGGUCAGAGGAUGGGUUGUCUCGAGAUAUGGUAAAACACCUUAACAGCAUUGAAGAGCAGAUCUUGGACAGCAGAGCAUGGAUCAGUGGCUCCGUGCUUUGGGAUCUCUUGGAGUCAUCAGAGACAGUGCCAACCUGUGAAGAGGUUAUAAUUCCUAGCAACUUUGAAACUGGAAAUGAAGCGGGUCUGGGCCACCUUCCAAUGAUGCCAGCUUCUCCUAUUAUUCACCCUCGUUUAAAGGAAGUCCGAACAGACUUUGGAGCAGUUAUAAAGCGAGAUUCACAGCCGUUGUCACCACUGUCUGUUCAUGAACGCUACAGUUCUCCUGCUGCAGGCAGUGCCAAAAGGAGACUCUUUGGUGAUGACUGUCCUAAGGAAUCAUUGGCAGAGAAAAUCACACCUGACGUCACCAGAAUUAGAAUUUUGCCAGGCCUUCCUUCUGAACGACUGUGUUUGUCUCCGGAUAAAGCCUGCCCGUUGUCUGGGCAAAAUCUGAAUAUACCUAAUAUCGCAAGUGAAAGUGUAAGAAUAACUUGUACACCAUUGUCCAUGAAGACUUCUCCUCCUUCCCAAAAUGAGAAUGGCGUUCAGGUUCCUUUGACAGCACAAGCCUUAAUUAGCCCAUCUUUAACACGUCCGAUUACAAGAGCACCGGAAAUGUGUCUUACUUCAUCAGGGAAGCCAAAAAGAACUGGUUCUCUGGCUCUAUUUUUCAGGAAGGUUUACCAUUUGGCCAGUGUCCGUCUAAGAGACUUGUGCUUGAAGUUGGAUGUUUCCAAUGAUUUGAGACGAAAGAUCUGGACACUGUUUGAAUAUACCCUGGUUCAUUGCAGAGAUUUGAUGAAGGACAGGCACUUAGAUCAACUCCUUCUCUGUGCUGUAUAUAUUAUGGCAAAGGUCACAAAGGAGGAGAGACUGUUUCAUGAUAUCAUGAAAUGCUACCGAAACCAACCCCAAGCAAACAGCCAUGUUUAUAGAAAUGUUUUGUUGAAAAGGUUACCUCAAGGGGUAAGAGAAGAAAUCAUUGCAAAUCAAGACGUGGAGAUGAUAGACUGUGAUUCUGAUGAUGGUCAUCCAACUCCCAGUAACAGCGAACAAGCGGAACGUGGAGAUUUAAUUACCUUUUAUAACAAUGUCUAUGUUGAGCGGGUUAAAUUAUUUGCACUAAAAUAUGCAGUCGGCACACAAGAGCACCUGGUGGAAGCUCCUCCCCUCUCUCCAUUCCCUAGUAUCAAGCAACAAACUGUCUCUCCCCGACGAGUAUCCCAGCAGCACUCCAUUUAUGUGUCUCCUCAUAAGAACUACUCAUGUCUGACACCACGCUCUGCUCUUCUGUAUAAGUUUAAUGGAAGUCCUUCAAAGAGUUUGAAGGACAUAAACAGUAUGAUUAAACAGGAGCAGAGGAGCAAAAAACGAGCUAUAACCAUCGACAGUGAUAGUGAAUCACCAGCAAAGCGACUUUGUCAGGAGAAUGAUGAUGUCCUAAUGAAACGUCUUCAGGACGUUGUGAGCGAGAGAGCCAAUCACUAGCUAUUCUAAUUACAUAAGUUGUAUAUUACAUUUUGUUUUUAAAUUCUUAAAUGUUCACACCAAAUGCUUUUUUUAUAUAUAUAUAUCAAUAUAAGGCUGUUCACAUAGAUAUGCAUCAAGUGAAUUAGAACAUGAUGAAGCAAUUUGUGGGUGGACUUAAUAACUUCACUCUACUUUUUAAUUCUUGUCCAGUUUUAUAAAAGGGGGAAAUUAAGUAAAGUAAUUUUUUUUUAUUAAGCAUUUUCCUGCUUUUCGAUCUAUUUUGUUUUUCUAAACAUAGAAUUUUGAGGAUUGAUGCAAUAAUCAGGCAAGUUUAAGUUUUUCUUUAGUUAUUACAGGACUACACCAUUUUAGGCAUCUGGUAAAUGCACCAGUUAAUUGGUCAUGCUAAUGGGAAGUGUAAAAUGUUCCAUUUUGAUAGUUAUACUGUUUAAAUUUUUUAUUUAUAGUUUUAACAAACAAUUUCCCAAUUUUUUUAAAAAGUGUAAUGUGCUUCAGCCUUUUUCCUUUCAGUUUGAACAACACUUUCUGUAAACAGCAUUAAUACAGUAUUCUUUUAAAUUUUUAAAAAAAAAUUCUUUUUCAGUCUGCAUUUAUUGAACUUCUAUGUAAAGUUUUAGUAUUAACCUUUCUCUGUUUGUUUGCUAUUUGGCUUGAGGAAACUAAAGUUGUGUAGCAUCUACACAUUUAUAGAUUAAUACAUUUUCAAGAUUGUUGUAUAUAAUGUUUAAUGUGUAUUUAAAUGUUCUGUUUCAGUGUGUUUGUAACAAUCAAGAUUAACAGCCUGUUAUUGCUUGCCAGAGUGGCAAAUUUGCUUUAUGUGCAUCUGUGUAUAUAUGUACAAUAAAAUAUAUAUAUUAUGUCA